AUGUUUCAGCGUUGCCUCGCCCGUCUUGGCGCUGCGGCCCAGUCGCAAGGCAGCAAAGCACUCACGGCAGAAGGCCGCCCCUUUGCCCUCGUCGACCGCGAAGUGACCGCCGUCAAGGAGCACAUUCACAACCUCGUCGUCAACACCCACAACGAAGUGCUCGAUCACGCCGGCAAGUACGCGUUGGCCGCCGGUGGGAAGCUGAUGCGGCCGGCGCUGGUGGCGCUGAUGGCCUACGCGUUGCUGCCAGCGGAGGUCAGCGCCCGUCUGAUGAAGGAGCCGCUGGGCUGCCUGGACGAGGUCACCCCGGGGACUCUCCUGCCUUUCCUGCGCUUGGCGGAGGUGACGGAGCUGAUCCACACGGCCUCGCUCGUGCACGACGACGUCAUCGACAACAGCGAUACCCGCCGUGGUCGCCUCGCACUGCACAAGAUCUACGACGCGAAGCGGGCCGUGCUGGCCGGCGACUACCUCCUUGCCCGGGCCUCCUUCUACAUUGCUACUUUGCAGGUGCCCCGCAUCGUGGUGCUCAUGACAACGGCGCUGGAAGAGCUGACGUCUGGUGAGUUGAUCCAGAUGGACGGCUGCUUCGAUAUUCCGCGGUAUGAGCAGAAGAACUUCUGCAAGACAGCCUCGCUCAUCUCGAACUCGCUCGCCUCGACGGCGGUGCUGGCGAACCCGGGCAAUGACGCGCUGGAGCAGGUCGCCUUCGACUUCGGCAAGCACCUCGGCAUUGCCUUCCAAAUUGUGGAUGACUGCCUCGACAUCACCGGAGAUGAGAAGACGCUCGGGAAGCCGAAGCAGGCGGACAUGAAGGAGGGCAUUGCGACGAUGCCAGUGCUGCUGGUCGCGCAGCGGGAUGCGAGGGUGGACGCGGCGGUGCGUCGCCGCUUCAGCGAACCCGGCGACGCGGAACUAUGCAUGGAGGUGGUGGAGAAGGAGGGGGCGGUGGCGGAGGCGAUGCAGCGCGCGGAUGAGCACUGCCGCCUGAGUAUUGAGUCGCUGCAUAAGCUGCAUCCGUCGCCGGCGCGGGAUGCGCUGGAGAAGGCGCUUUCGCUGGUGAUGAACCGAAAGUCGUAG